AUGGGGCGCCUGUUACGUCUGGAAGCUGGGGCCAUCGCACCAUCAGUUGACGGGAGGGCUGCAGAGCAUGCGACAUACUAUGGUUCUGGGUUGCUCUCCUAUACCGUUGUAAGAGCCAUGUACCGUAACAAGCAAAAUGCGGAUGGUCUCUAG